CUGGCCACAGGCUUGCACGUGCACCGUAGCAGUGCUCACAGUGCUGGUGUGGGCUCCAUCUUUGACAGGGUUUUGACAGAGCUGGUGUCCAAAAUGAAAGACAUGCAGAUGGAUAAGUCGGAGCUGGGGUGCCUGCGAGCCAUUGUCCUGUUUAACCCAGAUGCCAAGGGUUUGUCCAGCCCCUCAGAAGUGGAAUUGCUGAGGGAGAAGGUCUACGCCACGCUAGAAGCCUACACAAAGCAGAAGUACCCCGAGCAGCCAGGGCGGUUUGCCAAACUCCUCCUGCGCCUGCCAGCGCUGCGGUCCAUCGGGCUGAAGUGCCUGGAGCACCUCUUUUUCUUCAAGCUGAUUGGGGACACCCCCAUCGACACCUUCCUUAUGGAGAUGCUGGAGACACCUCUGCAGGGCACUUAAGGGUCUGGCUCCACUCUGGCCACACCCUGGCCCCUGUGCUCCUGCACAGCUUCCCACCCCUCUGCUCUGGGCCUACAGGAGCUCAAGAGAUGACCUCCACCCUCCGCUCCUCCUCGGUGGGAUCGUUGUGUUUUUGUACAGCUUGUAAAUCACCCCCUCUAGCCUUCCCUGGCCUGGCCAUGGUGGGUCGCAGAUCCUCUGACCAGCUAACCCCCUGUACAGAUAAUUGCUUUAAAUUAUUUUUUCACUCUCAAUAAAAGCCAACAA